AUGAGUCGUCGCUUGAAGGAACAGCGCACAGGGUUCUUUGGAGCAAUUCCGAACAUUUUCAUGCACCGUUGGCCUCCGACGCAUAAAGAGAUUUUCAUCGAUAUGAUAGGAUGCGCUAGGACCAAACCUCUUCAUCUUGUUGGUGUCCAGUCUUCUCCCAAGGACGUGCCCUUUCCAAGGAUCGAUCGAAUGUUUCUUGAUCUCAGUCCAGAUUUGUGCCUUGAUGGAUGCGAGCCGACUGUUCUUACACCUGAGAUGAGGAUCGAAAUCGGAGCAGUACUAGAAGAUCAGCACGUAGUGAAGCAGUGGUUUCCCAAUAACCAGAGAGCCACGAAAGUCAAAUUAGCCCUAGGCCUGAAACUGAAAGUCGACUCAAAACGCCUUCCCCAAUUGCAACAUGUCUACUCACAUUUGCUGUAUGAAGAGCGGAAAAUUGCUGAGAAAGUCGUGGUUGAGGCAAAAAGAACCGGACUCUCUCCCAAUAACGAGUGGGCGAAGGAGUCGGACGACGUCAAGAACACGAUAAAAAAGUUACACAAGGAGCAGAAGGAGCUAUCGAUGGCAAUGAAGGAGCAUCGCGUAGAUGACAUCGAGUUGUCGACUGAACAGAAAUCAAACGUGAUCAAGUCUUUGGGGUUAGAGCUUGAUAGUAUUUUCGAUGUGAUCGUGAAAGCAACAGGUUGGGGAUUCAUUGUUGUUGGUGCUGGAAUUGAUCCUGAGAGCGGUAAUCUACGAAGCAGCAGCUGGGAGUAUGGAGUGAAGUUAAAAUCCAGCGGGGGCUUCUUUGAUGGCUUCGACAGAGACGCAGCUACAGGCAUGGUACCAGGAGGCUUGCCGGGGGAUAAACGGAAGGCUGGCGCAUACUACAGUGGUCCUCUGCUUGCUCAUAUGUGA